GCGCCGUCCGCCUCCUCCGCGUCAAGGGAGGCGCGCAGCUCCUGCAGCCGCUCCCGCAGCGUCUCAAUCUCGGCGCGGCUGAGGCGCGAGCGCUCCUGUCGCUCCGCCCACCGCUGCUGGUUGCGCUUGCGCUUCGCCGCCAGCCGCUGCUCGUCCAUCGCAGGCACAGAAAACUAACACCCGCUCUCACCGAACAGCUACGCAGUAACCCUUGUUGUUGUUGUUGUUGCUGCUGUUGUUAUUGCUGGCCUGUUUGUCUUCGCUUGUUGCUGCUCUGGCUAAAGGUGCAUGAGGAGAGGGGGAGCCACACGGAAAAGGGAGGCGGCAGCGGAGCAGGCAGUCACCGGGCACAGGGACGAAAAGGCGCAUUGGCCGCGUUGCCGCUGUGCGGGCCACAACAAAGAUCACACGGAACCCCAAUGCAGUGCACUGUCACACACACACACACACACACUGAAUACUGCAACAACAAAAAAAAACAAAAAAAACAGCGAACAUUCAAAAGAACGUGGCUGUCGCUGCCGCCCACGGAGCAGCACAAUCUCCCACACCCGCGUACACAGCCACGGGAUGCAAAGCGCUCAGGUGUAUGCUUACAUAACAACGCCGAAGGCACGCCACAACAAUAG